GACCCCAACAGCGACAACGGUGACCGCGAGAGUGAGAUGUCGCUAGUGAAAAGAUUGCCCGCAGCGACAGGGAGUGAUGGAGCACAACACACUGGCUGAUGACCUGCUGUCGGAAAUACAAGGAGAAUCGUUGCAAUCUCUUCUCACUUCACUACAGGACGAAGUUACGCCUCUCGGUGCGACCGGCAUCCCAACUCUUGAUGCACAAUUGACUUUCAGGAACCCACGCAAGACAUCACAGUCACCCCUUAAUCGAGGAGAUGUCCUCGAAAUCCAAGCUUCUGCUAGCUCCGGAAAAUCCUACUUGACCUACCUACUUGUCAUAGCUUGCAUCCUGCCUCAGACUUACCGCAGUCUCUCAUUUCCUGGUUGGGACAAGUCUGCAGUGGUGUAUGACACAGAGGGCACCUUCGAUAUAUCUCGUCUUCACCACGUGCUACGCACCAGAAUUCAUCAAAUAUUGCAAUCCUUCGACCUUUCCGAACUUCCAGAACCCAUCGACGAAUGCGUUGAAACAAUAGCGCGUCAAUGCCUCCCACGGUUGUUCGUCUGCCGACCUACGUCUACGUUUCAGCUUGCAACCUCUAUCCUUCAUUUUCCCGACAUGCAUGCUGAAAAUGAACUAUUCCAAAAAUCAGAGGUCGCUUUAUUAGUCGUCGACUCGCUCAGUUCGUUCUAUUGGAACGACCGUUUCACUAUGGAGCAAUUCCGCGGCCAGAAAUCAGGUGCUUCUCCUGUAUCGAACCCACUCAAAUACGUCUUGGACGCUCUUCAACAUGUCAGAAAUACCAUCAAUCCCGUCAUGGUGCUGACCAACUGGGGUUUGAAUCCUCUUAACAAGCCGUCUCCGGAUACGGGCACUUUACCUUCGCCUUUCUAUAAACAACACCUGCAUCUGCUCCCAUCCCUUUUUGCCCAGGACGCCUCAGAGCAUGGACAAAUGCAGUCCAACAUCCCAUCCAUGGCCUGCGAUACCCCAAUUUCCAAUGUUGGGGAACUAAUGCCUCCUGAGGCGCAGCCACGUCCUGCGGAGACCUUUGACCCGGAAUCACGACUAGCCAUCACGCAUCAUAUUACCCUGCAAUCUUCCUUCCCAAGUGUUUUGAAUUCAGAUGCCAUUGACAGGGCUUUGGAGCACUGGGAAGAUGCGUCUCACGUUCCUGGGAAAUGCGAAGUUCAAGGCUAUGUCAAGACGCCUGGAGUUUCAGUAAUUGGACGAUUCUCCUUCACCACACAGGGAUGAACUUCGAGCAAGAUGGAACGGUAGCGUAUACCGAUGGAUGUUUUCACCGUUUUUGCUUGACUUAGCGAGGUCCUGUUGCUCAAGGCAUUGCCAAAUAUAUCCAUUGUCGACCGAAAGCGGUAUAAUGAAUCCCCAAACUGGAUGAUCUAUUUUUAGCACCGCUGCUUUGCGAAGCAAAUUUGACACAAAGCAUAUAUUGUCAAUGUGUCUGUGUAACAUAUACAGUUCCCCUACAAACCGAUAAAAUAAUUAACUACAGCUACAAAACAAGUUCUGAAAUGUUCAAAUUGUCCCUAUGGUAUCGAGAUAGUGGUAUGCGAUAAAGAUGAUUGAUG